AUGUCUAACAAAAAGAAUAAGGUAGAGAAUGUUAGUGAAAGUGAAGAGGAACAAGAGUUAGAUAGCGAGAGGGAUUCCGACGUUGAUUCCGAUGGAAACUAUGUCGGUGAGAAGGAACUCCAAGCAGACUUUGAAGGCAGGAAUCCAGAAGACUGUGAUUACCAUGGAAUUAAACAACUGCUAAGGCAGCUGUUCUUAAAAUCAAAUGUUGAUCUGGGAGCACUAGCUCAAAUCAUUAUUUCACAAAACUAUGUGGGCAGUGUGGUAAAACAAUGUUUAGAUGAUGGUAUUGAUGAUGAAGACGAUGAUGUUGGUGAUGGUGUAUUUGGAGUUACUACACUUAUCAAUAUCACCAAAAAAAAGGAUGAGCAAUGUAUCAAACAAAUUAGAGCUUUGCUAACCACACUAGCCAAUGACAAUGCUGAUGAAAAAACAAAGACUCUAGUCAACAAGGUCUUGUCUGAUGAUGCUAGCCAAGUUGGACUAAUCAUAAAUGAAAGGAUCCUCAACAUUCCAGCAGCUAUUAGUGUGCCACUUUUCUCCUCAUUACAAUCAGAGGUGGAUAGAGCAGUAAAACGGAACAUGCCUUAUACAUUCCAGUAUCUUAUAUGGAUUUGCAAAACUUAUAAAACUAUUGAUGAUGAAUCUGAUAUACUGUUUGCCAAUCAAGAAGAAAAACCUUUAUUAGACGUAGCAAUUGCUAACUUCGAAGUAGAUGUAACUGAACAAGCAGAACUUUCUCAGUGGGAACAUGAAGGAGGCGCAAUGACACCAUACCGGAAGGUACUCAUAUUUGACGGCAGCAAAUUUAACGAACUUAUAAGGCUCAUGAAAGAAGAGGUAGAGAGUGUUUAA